AUGAGCAGCAACAAGACCUUCGACACACUCACCGAGGACUUGAUCGAGAUCCUCGCAUCAUACCUGGAGCCACUGGACUUGGUUCACCUCGGCGCAACAUGCAAGCACCUCCAAAAGUCCAUCAACCGUUCUGAAAUCUGGGAGCACAAGGCAGUGGACGAUUUUGGCGACAGAUUCACAAUUACUUCGAUUCUGGACUCUGCAGGAUUGGAUCUUGGCGACCAGCUCAAGCCCGAGCCUUUAGACUGGCGUCAGUACUACCAGGAGAGACAUGUGGCUAUGACUAAGAUGAACGCCAGCGCAGACGAUCAGAUCUCACAGUCAGAAAAGGAUUACGACGAGGCCCAAGAGCUCUUGAGAGGUUUCCAGUCAACGGGCGAUGUUGACUCUUUAAGCAAUGCCGCGCAGUUGAUGGUCGGCGUUUUGGAUAACUUUCCUGGACACGCUGGAUGCUACCAUUUGCUCGGAUUCACCCUCUAUGUCAUCAACGAGCUUGAGGAUGCUCUUUCUUUGCUCGAGAUCGGAAGCAUGGUUGACCCUAACUACGAGCCAAUCAGCGAGCUGACAAGAGAGAUUCAAGGAUUGUUGGAGGGAUACGGAUCAACCAUGACGGAUGGAGCACCAUUGCUGGACAAUGCCAAGGAGCUCUCAGCACCCUUGAAGGCAGCCUUGACGGCCAUUUUCAACUCAUUCGACAAGGACAAGGACGGCAGCCUUAAGCCCUCGGAGCUUUCCGAGUUUGUCUACAAGACCAACGGCAGCCGACCUCCCCAGGCCUUCUUGACCCAAAUGGGUAUUCAGUUUGGAAAAGAUGCACAGGGAUACUUGACCUUGGAGGGAUUCUUCAACUUUUUCUUGGAGCAGACGUUAGAGGAUCCCAUUGAGACGCGUCGUGAUUUGGAGAAGCAUGGAUGGGACGGCGACCGUCUCGUUCGUUGCGACAUUGCCAGGAACGCAUAA